AUGGGAGACCAGAUGCGCUAUGCCAUCAGUGUCCGGAUUAUUGGAGUGAUGCAUAAAGAGGCAUCUAAAAUCAAGAUGUUUAUGACCUCUGUGCUGUGGUCUGAUGAGAGUGAAGUCAUUGUCUACAGAUCAUUGUUGGAUUUUAAGGAGUUUCACAGGCAAUUGAAGAAGAGGUUUCCCCUUGAGAAUCCUUUCCGCAAGAGAGACAGAGUGAUUCCCAAAUUCAGAGCCAUAGCUAUGAGGAGAAAAAUCCAGGUGAAGGAUCCUAGUUGGUCAAUGCGUCGGAUGAAUUUACUGGAAAACUACUGCAGCGAGCUGCUCAGGUGUGACCCCGUGGUGAGCUGCAGUUCAGAGGUCACCCAGUUCUUCAUGCCCAAAGACCACGACCUGCAGGCAGACUUCACCAAAAACAGCGUCAUGAUCCUACCAUCGGAGGAUGGGCUGGAGGACAUGAGUGGGCAGCGUCUGAGCCUGGGCAAUGUGACACACCCUUUUGUGAGCCAGUCUUACUGCUGUGUGGGGCCCUACAACACCAAGGACACUAAGAACAGGCCCUUUAAAGUGGCCUUGGAUGAGAGGCUGGAUGUGCUCAUCAAAGACCCAGCAGGAUGGUGGCUGGUGGAGAACGAGGAUAAACAGUUGGCCUGGUUCCCUGCUCCUUACCUGGAGGUGUGUGAGGCAGAGAACGAUGAAGAUGGAUUGGAUGGAAUUCCCUUGGGGGGAACUCUCUACUGCGCUGUGAGGAGUUACUCCACUACGAAGCAUGACGAGGUGCCUGUUCCUAUUGGCUCUGUGGUCGAGGUGCUGAGGAAAUCAGACGACGGAUGGUGGCUGAUCAGGUAUAAUGGCAGAACGGGCUACUCUCCCUCCAUGUACCUGCAGCCUUACAACAACCCACGUGCUGGCCUCCACAACCUGCAGAGGAAGCUGCACAGCUCCUCUCUCAAUCUGGCAACCCACAUGGACAGCUCUACUCUCAACUUGGCAUCCAGCAGAGACAGCCAAUCUGGCAACUGUUACCCACCCACCCUGUAUGAGGAGACAGGGCUGCAGCAUCACACAUCGACCCAGCCCAGGGAUGAUCCGUACCGGGCCUCCCUUCUCCAGAAGACCCGCUCUCUGGAGCUUCUGUCUGAGACCCGUCCCGACAUGGCCGUCCCUCCAUCCCAAAGAGAGAGAGAAGACCUUGAGUCAAAUCCGGAUCCAGCAAUCCGCAAGAGCAGCAUCAGCUGGGCCAAGUCCUCCGACUCUGACAUCAGCUCAUCAGGCCGGAAUGUCAGGACGUCUUCUUCCAGCUGCAGUGAGGAGGAGCCCCAGAGCCCCCCAAACAGCCCCAGGUCUUCACCCCAGCCAAGGGAGAGUGGCAAUCGCAGCAUCCCAGAUAAGAGUCUGUCAACCAGCCCUAGCUCCAGGUCUGAGACUGGGUCCUGUAAGAUGCCCACCGCUGCACCCAGGGUGCCCCCGCGACCCAGAGCCCAGGAGAUCCUGACCCGGUGUACCACCAUGACCCGCAAGGCUGCCUUGGCCUCCAGAGGGAGGCUGUUCUCCCUGCAGGACCCCGUCCAGACCCACUAG